AUGGAACGACAGAUAGAAAUUGAGAAAAACUUGAGACGUGAAUCGUCGUCUUCAUCACCACGUUUUUCCCGUACCUUUGAUAGACUUUUAAGACAAUUUCCCGAAUCAGCUCAGAUAUCAACGACAUCACCAAGCAUGGCAUCAAACAAAGCUGGCUAUCAAUCUUCCACAUGGGACGAGCAGAGUGCUUACAAGCCAUCUUCAUGGCGAUCUACCGUUUCUGCACCCUCAUGUGCACUUUGUCACAAAUCGGUUUUUCCAGCCGAAGAAGUCAUCGGCGCUGGUCAAAAAUAUCACAAACUAUGUCUCAAGUGUUCCUCAUGUAGCACUCUGCUGAACUCAGGCAAUGUGAGUGAGCAUGACAAGAAGAUCUAUUGCGGUGGAUGUUAUCGUCGACAGUUCGGUCCACACGGAGUUGGUCGAGGUCUUGGAACAACACUAUCAAGUUUGGAAACACCACCAAGCAGUCCUCGUUCGAGUCAAAUGGAAUCAGAAUCUAAUGAAGAAUUAACGAACAUCAACAAUGACUGUUCAACAAAUUCGUCACAGUCUCGAGUGUCACCAGAGAAUGAAUCACGUCUCAGUAAUUCACAAAUGAACAGUGUCACAUACAUCGGUGGAGUAACGACCAGGCAAACGAUCUCCACACCUCCACGCUCAGUGACGAAUAAUAUAACAAAUGGAGCUGCAUUCAAAAUGAUGUCUAUAUCAGGCAAUAUAUGUCCGCGAUGUUCAAAAGCCGUCUAUUCAGCAGAAGAAGUCAAAGCUGCUGGAAAAUCCUUUCACAAACGAUGCUACACUUGUGCUCAGUGUAAAAAGAGUAUCAAUGCUGCUCGAUAUUCAGAACACGAAGGAGAACUCUAUGAUAACAAUUGUUAUCAACGAUUAUUUGGUCCGAAAGGUGUGGGAUACGGUGUAGGAUCUGGAACAUUAUCAACAGGAACUUGA